ACCCCUCAAGCUAGGCUGAGCUGUGCCUACGUCGGCCUCGACUCCCGGGGGCUGGAGGAGUUACCUUUGGAGCCCGAAAGGAGGAAGGAAGCAAAAUAUCAACAACGCCGAGGCGGCUCGGGCGCUCGGCCCCGGUUCCCCCUGCCCGCCGCGCGCCUGUCCGCCCCCGCGCCCCCGGCGGGGGCCCAGGCCCCCCGGCGCCGCCCAGGGCCCGCGCGGACGCCGGCCUCAUUUGUUAUUCCCCCCGCCCGGAGCUGCGGCUGCCCGGUGUUGAAGAUCCCCCGGACCGGGGGCGAGGGCCACGCGUCCCAGCCGUGACACCCCCUUCCCCCAGCGGGGCCGGAGGCUGUGCAGAAGGUGUCCUGCAGACCAUGAACUGAGCCCUGGUCCCAGGCCGUUCAUGAGCACAGUGUAAGGCGUGCCGAGACCCGCCACCCAGCGAUCCCCUCCCCUCCCUAGCACUGAGGAUCCCCGGAGAAGAUGGGGAGGAAAAAGAUUCAGAUCCAGCGAAUCACUGAUGAGCGGAACCGACAGGUGACGUUCACCAAGCGCAAGUUCGGGCUGAUGAAGAAGGCGUACGAGCUGAGCGUGCUCUGUGACUGCGAGAUCGCGCUCAUCAUCUUCAACCACUCCAACAAGCUGUUCCAGUAUGCCAGCACCGACAUGGACAAGGUGCUGCUCAAGUACACGGAGUACAACGAGCCGCACGAGAGCCGCACCAACGCCGACAUCAUCGAGACCCUGAGGAAGAAGGGCUUCAACGGCUGUGACAGCCCGGAGCCCGACGGGGAGGACUCGCUGGAGCAGAGCCCCCUGCUGGAGGACAAGUACCGACGCGCCAGCGAGGAGCUGGACGGGCUCUUCCGGCGCUACGGGUCAGCCGUGCCGGCCCCCAACUUUGCUAUGCCCGUCACGGUGCCCGUGUCCAACCAGAGCUCACUGCAGUUCAGCAAUCCCAGCGGCUCUUUGGUCACCCCCUCCCUGGUGACGUCAUCCCUCACGGACCCCCGGCUCCUGUCCCCCCAGCAGCCAGCGCUGCAGAGGAACAGCGUGUCUCCGGGCCUGCCCCAGCGGCCGGCCAGUGCAGGGGCCAUGCUGGGGGGAGACCUCACCAGUGCUAACGGAGCCUGCCCCAGCCCUGUCGGGAAUGGCUACGUCAGUGCCCGGGCUUCCCCCGGCCUCCUCCCUGUGGCCAACGGCAACAGUCUAAACAAGGGCAUCCCUGCCAAGUCUCCGCCCCCGCCCGCCCACAGCGCCCAGCUCGGAGCCCCCAGCCGCAAGCCCGACCUGAGGGUCAUCACUUCCCAGGGAGGAAAGGGCUUGAUGCAUCACCUGACUGAGGACCAUUUAGAUCUGAACAACGCCCAGCGCCUUGGGGCCUCCCAGUCGACCCACUCGCUCACCACCCCGGUGGUUUCCGUGGCAACACCGAGUUUACUCAGCCAGGGCCUCCCUUUCUCCUCCAUGCCCACUGCCUACAACACAGAUUACCAGCUGACCAGCGCAGAGCUCUCCUCCCUCCCAGCCUUCAGCUCGCCAGGGGGGCUGUCGCUCAGCAGCGUCACCGCCUGGCCGCAGCCGCAGCAGCCCCAGCCGCCCCAGCCGCAGCCGCCCCAGCCGCCGCAGCAGCCGCAGCCGCCCCAGCCGCCCCAGCAGCCCCAGCAGCCCCAGCAGCCACCCCAGGCGCAGCCCCACCUGGUCCCCGUGUCUCUCAGCAGCCUGAUCCCGGGCAGCCCCCUGCCCCACGUGGGGGCCGCCCUCACGGUCACCACCCACCCGCACAUCAGCAUCAAGUCAGAGCCGGUGUCCCCCAGCCGUGAGCGCAGCCCUGCGCCGCCCCCUCCAGCUGUGUUCCCGGCCACCCGCCCCGAGCCUGGCGACGGCCUCAGCAGCCCCGCCGGUGGCUCCUACGAGACCGGGGACCGGGACGACGGCCGGGGGGACUUCGGGCCCACGCUGGGCCUGCUGCGCCCGGCCCCCGAGCCCGAGGCCGACGGCUCCGCCGUAAAGAGGAUGCGGCUCGACACCUGGACAUUAAAGUGACGAUUCCCACCCCCCUCCUCUCAGCCUCCCUGAUGAAGAGUUGACAAUCUCACCGCCCACCCCUCCCCGCCCCGGGCUCCUCCCGCUCGACCCCACUUCCUUUUGUGCCCCGUGUCCUGUUGACGGUUACAUUUGUGUAUAAUUAUUAUAUUAUUAUUAUUAUUAUUAUAUUUUUUUUAAUUUGGAUUCUCGCUUUGGAGAGGGGAUGCUCCCGUCCCCUCUUUCUGCACCCCCACCAUUUUACUGGCGAGGGGUGCUGUUUUUGCGGGAAGGGGGGGGACACUUUGCACGUUGUUCACAUAUGCUGCAGGAGGGGGUGGGGAGCCCGAUAGGCCUUUGGGACAGGACAGGUGCCGAGCCCUCCCGCCCCGUCCCCCAGAGAGAGGGAGAUAACCAAAAAAACUACCAAACAGCAAACCCCCUUACAAUAGACUGAACCCCAAAGUCGGCUGGACGGAUGGGUUUGUGUUUCGGCGGGGAGGUGAGGCAGAGGUUCUGGAAGGGGUCUCUGCUUCUGGGCUGUUCCUGCGGCCACAGGCACGUGGGGCGGAGUAUCCAAGCCCAGCCCCCUCAUGCCCCCCCCCCCCCCACAGGACACACUCUCACUGAUUCUCGAGCGAGCUGCACCCCCAGGUGUGGGAGCGCCGGCCGAGCUUGUGGGCUGGGAAGGCCGCCUGGGAAUCUGAGGCUGGGGGCAGAGAGCUGGGGUGAGGGGCGAAUCGGGGCCCCCUUCCUUCCCUAGCGGUUUCUCUAAGACACACAGUGCAAUAGCCCCAUCCCUCAGCUGACACCAGCCCCAGGAAGCGGCCCCAGAGCGCAGGGAGGGGAGGGAAGCUGCAGUGAGGCUGCUCAGCAGGGUCGGAACCCUCGCGUCCAGCGGCAGGUGUGAGUGGGGCUCGCUCUUCCUCGCACGGACACGUCCCCACACCCCCGUAGGAGGGACGCCGGGGUGGCGAGAGGGUGGGAGAAGGGAGAUGGGGGAGGAGGUCCGAAGAAGGCCCGCCUCCCUCCUUCCCGCCUGGGCCCUCCCUCCCCGGCCCCCUCCGGGCCCCUGCCACCCCCGCUCCGGGCGUCCUCCUGGUCUGCUACCUCCUGUCCCCCCACCCCCAGGCCGCAUCCCGCCUUCCCUCUUGGCUACUGUAAUUGUAAAUAGCAACCUUUGGAAAACGUUAGCAGUGUAACAGUCCAGGAAACUGUUUUUUUCUGUUGUUGUUGUAUUGAUAUGAAAUGAGAUUCUAUUUUUGUCAAAGUAUAUUGUAAUAAUAAUGACUCAAACGGCCCGUACUGUACAGAUGGGAUUCUUCUGCUGUUGUUCGUGCCCCCCUCCCCCCCAGCCCACCCCUCCCUGCUGCCGCCCCAGUGGGGGGCAGCCUCAGCACGGGGUCCUGAGACCUCAGGCUGGAUCACAGAUCAAAGCGGAGGGGGCAGGCCCCCAGCCUGCGAUCCACCUUCUCCCACCCCCCCCCCCCAUCUAAGGGGCCUGGCCUGAGGUAGUGUGUGCAGGCGGACUGGGGUGGGGGGGCGCCCCCAUCCCUCACAGAAGCCUCGCUCCUCUGCCCUGGGGGUGCAGCGCUCCCUGGGGGUUUCAUCCCAGCCCAGCGGGAAAAGUAGGCUAGACAAGGCCCGGUCUGUGGCAGGAAACUGUGCCUGCCUCUGUGACCCAGCCGCCUGCAGUAUUCUGACACCCGACGCAGGGAAGGAACCAGGUCGAGGGGUGUGUGUGACCACACGAGCACCUGAGCGUGUUCACCAGGGCAUCUGGUAUUUGUGUGUGCAUGGGCGUACCUUUGUGUGUCUCUGAGCCUGUCUGGGCAUAUACACGGAUAUUUGUGUGGAUUGAGCUAUGAGGGCAUCUCUGUGGGUGCACGUGCCUGGGAGGGGAGGGGAGAGGGGGGAGACAGAUGGCUGUGUGCCACACGUGCCCCUCCACCCCGAUGCCCAUUCCCGGCCCUGUUCUACCCUGAGUUCUGACAGGCUUGCACUGCAGUUGGGGGGGCGGGGUCCGACAGUCGCCCCAUUUGCUUGUCCUUACGGCCCUACCUCUCCUGGGCUCCACGCACAGGCGCCCCCCUGGCCCCCGGCCCUUUGCAUACACACAGCUCUCUUUCCGGCUGUACACUCUUCCCCCACCCCGGCCCUGCCUUCAGGGUGACACUCAUGUUCCCCUUCCUUCUGGAAGCAUUUUCCUCGCCCGGGCAGUGAUUUC